GGUACUCCACAACGUGUCGUUGCAACGAGCUCAACGAGUCCGUGAUCACACAGUUAGAUGUGAUGGAGUUCACGUCUAUAUCACCAUGACGCAGACGGGUAAGUGUGACAUCUGCAGGCAGCGCAAAGUUAAGUGCGAUGAAGAAAAGCCAAAAUGCGGCGCAUGUUGCAAGAAGGAUCGGCCUUGCACGUACACCUACGGAAAAGCAUCAGCCUUCGUGGUGCAAGAUCCUAAUCAACUGACCAAACAUGGCAAGGCCAAAGUUGCUCCAACCAUAUACACGAUUGAUUCCUCCGAAAACAGCAAUACCUCUACUGGCUCUACGCCACUAGAGUUUAGGGUGAGUACGCACAGGAAGGCUGAGUCUGGUAGCGGUACCUUCCAAACACUUGCCCCAGUGUCUGUAACAAAAGUCCGCCCCUCGAAGAAAGUAGCCAUUCAACGAAGAAAAGCCCUGGAUGCUUACAUUCGGAAACUCCAGCUGGAAGCCUGUUUGGCACUGAUCAGACCGUCAUGCGAGGAGAGUACACUGAUAACAAGAUGGAUCGGCAUGCUCGGCUCGGCUCCGGCGAACAGUAACCCUUUGUCCAUCCUGGGAACUUGGAUCCUGUCUAUACCAUCACGAGUAGGCUCGAGUUCAAUGCUUGAUCUUGCUGUCGAGUUUCUCAUCGACAGUUAUGCCGUCUUUUGGGACGACAGCCACUCGAAGCGACAAUCUGCUAGUGCUACAAAGUCAAGAGCCUUGAGGGAAUUACAAUUAGCGGUGUCGAAAAGUCAGACUCAUAAUACGUACGAGUUGGUCCUAGCAACCAAGAUUCACUACGCUGCUGAGACAAUCUUGGGUGUAGAUACAAUGUACCACGCAAUCCAUGCGUUCGGGCUCGCUGAGCUACUCAAGAAUGGAAACACUGCAAAUGUCGACGACGAGCACUACUGGAAUCUAGUCGACAACGCGUACAUUGAUGAUGUCAACGAAGCAAUGCUGGCUGGAAGGGCAUCGGUGUACGACAAUGAAUACUAUGUGUCUGCGACCGUUCCUCCAGCACUAGACUCAGACCAUGUACAAGUCACCCCAUCACAACGAGCAUCUAUGGCUAUCAUGCACGUCUUUGUACAAUGUCCACGACUGAACUGUCUUGUUCGUCAUGCUAUUGCGCAUCCGGACGAUGCCCAGAUCCUUGCGACUGCAGUCACAAUGACAGAGUAUAUGUGGCAGAUUGAUAUCUCUGCACAUGUUGCCGCACUCAUACAGACCGCUGUCACCGUCGUUGCCGCCCCUCCUUCUUGGGACGUUGCGGAUAUUCUCACAGAGACACUCCAUUACGAUUCUGUUCAAAGUAUGAUUCUUUGCACACGUUACUGGAUGCUGCAAAACGUGCUCUGUGGACUGACCGAUACUUUACAACGGCAUUUUCCCACUGAAAUCGGCCUAUCACAGCUUCCCCCACCGCCUAUCGUACGUCAAAUUGAUGCUGAUGCUGGCAUACGGCUCGCAGAAUCACUGUUCUGGGCCGAGUCGGUUUCUCAAACGCUUCCGCUGGUCCCACUUCGACUUCACACCCCGCUUCAGAUAUCAGUUGGGCCCUGGCAUCGUACCACUCGAAACAUGACUGCGCUUCUUGAGUCUGACACUACAUUCGACGUUGUGACGACUCAACAAGCCUCUAUUGAUCUGGAUCGUGCCGCACGCAUGGGGAAAUGGUUAAUCAACGAAUGCAACCGCAUCCACGAGCAGUGGGACGUGAGCACUGUAGACGAUGAGGCCCUAUAUGAGGCCUUAGACUCCAUGGCUGGCGAGCGGAUUCCGGACUGGUUGCCCACGAGAGUACGCUUUGAAGCCGAAGACGGUGAGAUGUCGAUCAAACUCGACUAUGAGAGACCGACCGGCAAUUACCAGGAAAGCACGAGUCUUGACGGUAGCAGAUCCGCAUCUCAAACACCCAGACUUCACCUCAUCGAUGAAGAUCCAGCGGGUAUAGAAUUACGAACCAAGAGCAAUGCAAACAAUGCAAAUGUCGAUCCAGGAAUCGCAAGCGUUGAAGGAUCGGACAACUUCCAAGAUGUAACGGGACCAACUCUGGCUCCAGCUGACUUCCUUUUCCAAUCCGGUCGGAACCUGUGUUCAACAUCUGGAUGGUGGCCCUUGGAGCCUCUCAAGCCGCUCACAUAUGCAGAAACAGACACAAGUCUUGCUAGUUCCACUUCGACGAGCCCUUGGUCUCAGACGCCGAAGUCUUCCGUCGUAUUACUGGAUAGCACACACAAAGCAUCCGCGUUCCAACCCAAGGCGAGGCAGAGGAAGGAGCAGAACAAUGUUACAUUCGACAACAGGAACACGAACGGAUGCAUGUCACCGGCCUGGAGUAGUGUAAGCCGGUCCAGGGAGACUUCGGCCUCUGGGAGCCAGAAUACUGCAAAGUCCCCAUCAACCGAGUAGUUAGGCAACGUGUGAAUGGCCUCAUCUCGACCGAAAUGCAGUCCUUCCGCGCAUAGCCGAUGGAUGCAUCCAUUUUGUAGAGAUGUGGAAUAGGAAGGUGCAUUGUCAGUGCGUAUUAGGUUAUAUCCGACUUGGAUUUUAUCUUCACACGGAGUUAGAAAAUAUUGGAUCGAUGCAGUCGAAAGUUAGCUGGCGCCACAUUUUGCCACGGCUUCGUUUUUGCGGCAGUCUCUGGCCAUGGGACUACAUGUCUUCCGGGAAGGUGGUCGUGACAGGUCUCGGG